UGGUAUUAUUAUAGCAUAGUAGUUUCUUAAGUCCACGCAGCAACGACGGCUUAUGGACACUCACAGUUGCACUGCUUUCACUUUGCCACACACCAAACUCAACCGGAACCGCCACCAGACGUCCACUGAUUAGUAACGACGAUGUGGUAUGCCGAAACGUUGUCUUACCUUCAUACAGUAAACUUGGUGGCUCUCAGUAUCAAUGCCGUUCUGAUCGCAGUCAUAUUUUUGGUCACAAUCAAAGCGUACACUUGGAUGACCACUGGCAUGUACCGCGGCACAACCAACAUGAAGGGAAAAGUCGUUAUCAUCACCGGGUGCAACUCCGGAAUCGGAAAAGAAACCGCCAAAGACAUGGCCAAACGUGGAGCGAGAUUGAUCAUGGCUUGUAGAAAUUUGGAGACUAGUUCGACCGUCAAAGACGAAAUCGUCAAAGAGAGCGGAAACACCGACGUGGUAUUAAUGCAGUUGGACCUGAGCAGUUUGGAUUCGGUGCGACAAUUCGCGGCCAAAGUGAUCAAACAAGAAGCCAGGUUGGACGUGCUCGUCAACAACGCCGGCGUGGCCAACACGUUUGGCAAGAAGACUACCGAAGACGGUCUGGAACUCACCAUGGCCACCAACCAAUACGGGCCGUUCCUGUUGACCCACCUGCUGUUGCCUUUGCUCAAGAAGAGCGCACCCAGCCGCAUCGUUAUCGUCGCCUCGGACCUGUACAAGUUGGCCAAACUGAACUUGACCAAGCCCAACCCGACCAACCAGCUGCCGGCUUACCUGUACUACGUGUCCAAGUACGCCAACAUAAUGUUUUCCAACGAGCUGGCCCGCCGAUUGAGCGACAGCAACGCCGGAGUGACUUGCAACUGUCUCCAUCCCGGUAUAAUCGACUCUGGCAUAUGGAGAAACGUACCGUUCCCGUUGAACUUGCCCCUGCAGCUGGUCGUCAAGACUAUGUUUAAGACAACAGAACAAGGCGCGCAGACUAGUAUUUAUUUGGCCGUCAGCGAAGAUGUGGCGAAGACCAACGGAAAAUAUUUCAAAGAUUGCAAAGAAGCCAGUUUGAGGAGUGACAUACUCGACGAUGCCAAUGCGAAAAAAUAUUGGGAAAUUUGCGAACAACUCGUCAAACUUCAACCCACUGAUCCAAGGCCAUGAACUCAUCAUAAUCUUAUGUAUUAUCAAUUGUUUUGUAAAUAAUAUAAUAUUGUAGAAUAAUAUCAUCGCAGGUAGAUUUAUUUUGAUUCACGCCAACGAUUUUUUGAACUCACUAAUAAUUGUCAUUCAAUAGAUUGCAACGAAACAUCACAUUGAGUUGGAAAUUGUUUUAAUUAUGAUAAUCAAAUUUUACUAGUAAAACAUUUUAGUAAGUACAUUAAUGAUUAUGAUACACUCACUAUUAUAUUGCAUUGUAUAAUUUUUUAUAGUACAAAAUGUAUAGUUCUACAUAAAUAAUAAUAUACAUUUUUUAAGUAUCUCCGA